AACUGUGAUUUUUGUAACCAAUUAGAAAAUAUACACCCGUAUUAAUUCGUUGUAGAAAAUAUGAUGGGCGUAAAGACAAAUAAAUGGCGACAGAGGAGUCAAUUAUACUUAACAAACACAUACAUUCAAGGUAUAAGACGACAUGUAACUUUUUGAUUUUAAAUAAAGUCAUUUAGAAUGUGUCACCUUCUCGAGCCAAACUCCACUUCAAAGGGUGGCGGUAGUGCCAGCCGCCAGUAGAUAGAAGAAGAAGAAGGCGUAGGGGAAACAUGGCCGCCAGGUCCAUACCAGAGUCUCCUAAAAGACAGUACUCCCCGGCGGAGGAUGUUCACACAUUAGGGAGCAUGACAGAUGCAGUUGAGUUAAAACGUUGCUUUUACCAGACGGAAGAACGCACUUUAGACAAAGCCGGGGUGAGCCAAUGUAUGGAGAACAGUGCCAAUAAUGUUGGCAACGGCAGUGCUUCCUUUCCGAGCCAGUCCGAGGUUUUUGAGUGUGAGGCUAAAGGCGACCAAACAUCAUGUCUGUCACUGGAGGACGGAGUGUCGGGGCCAAAAAUGGUGAAGUCGACAGGAGGCGAGCAGCGGGCGUUCAACUUUUCCGAGACAGAAGACGACGACGGCGAAGAGUCUGCUUCCCAAAAGGAGGAAAACAAGUAUGAGACUACACAGACUGUGCUACCAGAAACAUCAGAUGAAGCGCGUCCUGAUGCAGAAGAAAUUCAAGAGAAGGAAGAUUCCUGUGUUGAUCAACCAAACUCAGGAAAAGACCUAUCUGAGAACCAAGUGGAAGAUGUGAAUUUGGAUGUGGUUGAAGACCGCAACACGACUGACAACGGCCAGGAUGCUGAGUUAACAUCAAAGCCAAAAAAGUGUCGUUUGGAGUGCAAAGAGUGUGGAAAGCGCUUCACCCGGCGUGAAAUGUUCUACCUUCACCGUCACUAUCAUGCUCACAAGGAUGAACUCACGCUGCUCACCUGCAAAGAAUGCAGCCUUUCAUUUAGUGACCGCAGGAGCCUUAUGAAACACAAACAUGAACAUAAAGAGAGGGAGGAGCCAAAGUAUGAAGAGGAGAGUGGUUUUCAGUGUGCAGAAUGUGAGAAGACUUUCUCUUCAGUGCAAAAGCUGCGGUCCCACAAAUGCAUCGAUUCAGAUGACAAACCUUACCGCUGUACAGUGUGCCAUCAGGAGUUCCAAUAUAAGGUGUCUGUCACCAAGCACAUGUUGAGCCACUCGCUGGAUGAAGGCUUUAAAUGUAAAGAGUGUGGUAAACGCUUCCACACCUACAUGAGGAUGCACCUCCAUCUGCGAUGUCACACAUACCUUAAACCCUAUGAAUGCCCCGAGUGCGGCAUGGUUUUUAAAUACCAAUCGGUCAUGAAAGACCACCGUCGCAAGCACACAAAUAAGCAACCCUCUCACCUGUGCAACAUUUGCGGUAAAACUUUCAAGUACAUCGGUCUCUUUCAACAGCAUCAGUAUCUGCACACGCGCAGGAAGCCCUUCAGCUGUCCGGAAUGUGGUCAAAAAUUUGCCUUUGCUCAGAAUAUGAAGGCACACUGUCGCCUGCACAGGCUGUGCCAAACCAACCCACUUCCUUCUAGUGAGCAGCCCACCAAGCAGACCUCUGUGUCCGCACCGGUGCAAAGGAAAGAAAAUGCACACCAGAGUGAAGAACCAAAACGCACUUUUAACUGUCCUCUUUGUCCCCAGACGUGCAGCACCCCGGCCAACCUGAGAGCCCACAUGCUUAUUCAUGAGGUGGAGUAUGAGACACUGGAGAGAAGCACACAUCAGCCCGCAGAGGUUAAAAUGUUCUGGGACAAAGGGCACACCUGUCCACACUGCCCAUCUACUCAUCGUGAUGAAAUGAGUUUUCAAUUACACAUUUUGAAAUGCCACAAGUAUGUAGUACAGGAUUCAGACAAAGUGGCUGCCGUCUCCUUUAGAGAACCAAGACCUCUAAUCAGUGAAAAUGUCCACGCAAAAUUCAAAAAUGAAAGCCUCGCUAUUAGACCGUACAAGUGCUCUAAGUGCGAAAAAACAUUCCGCCAUCGCUCAGUCUUAGAGUUGCACAUGCGCAUACAUUUCAAGGACAAGCCAUGCCAAUGCAAAGUGUGUGGCAAAAGCUUCCGGUUCAGCAGCUAUUUGCAGCAGCAUCUCAUUAUCCACUCGGGCAAAAAGCAGCACAAAUGUCCCGACUGUGGGAAGGAGUUCAACUACUUGCACAACAUGAGAACCCAUCAGAAGCUACAUCAGGAAAAACCCUUCCGCUGUUCCAGUUGCAGCAAAGGCUACAGCAAUGACCUGCAACUGCAGCGCCACAUGCUCUCGCAUAAUGGAGAGAAGCCCCAUAAAUGCCACAUUUGUGAGAAAAGCUUUAGCCUGGCGUAUCUGCUCCGGGAUCACAUAAACACUCACACGGGGGAGCGGCCCCAUCACUGUGGUGAGUGCAACAAAUCCUUUUCCUGGUUGAGCAGCCUGCAAAUGCACCAAAAGAGCUCCUCUCACAAUCGCCAUUCUCUCUCGACCACUGGAAAAGUCAGAGGCAGGAGAGGAGGAGGGCUGACAUGGGGUAUGUCUACAGUGUUAGGGGGGCUCCUUGAUGAUGAUCUGCAUAGAGAGGCAGACCCAAAGUCACAAUCUUCCAUGAUCUCCUCUCAUCAGGAAUUGCUAGUGAGGAAUCAGGAGGAGGGAUUGCUUUCUGACCUCCACCAGACACGUGUUCAAUGGAAGGUGGAUGGUGAAGAGCUGAUGCCCUUUCAGUCAUCACAGCACUUGCAAGAGUUUGCCAGCCCACCGUCUGACAGACACUCAGAACUUUCUGCACAGAAAAAAUGCAGGCCCUCUCAAGUAGAGGUGCUAUCUGUGCCCACAGCUUCUUUUCCUGGUUCCUCUAGUUCUUUGCAAAUAAACGCUGGGUCAUCAUCGUUCAUGAAUGGUGCGGUGUUGUGGAGUGUUCAACCUCCUCUUUUUGGUCAGGAGCUACAGUCUCUAAGAUGGGCCGCAGCUCCGGUGUCAACACAAGAGACAUCCACGCAAGCAAUUUCCCAGACUGUUAAGUCCCAGAUAGAUGGUGAGGCGGACAAGCAGAGAGCUGAAUGCAUAGUAGGUGUACCAACUCCAGCUCAAAUAGACCAAAGCUGCCCCACGCCACUAUUGACUCCUGUUUCUCAAGGGGCAGUUGGCUCCUUGUGGGACAUUCAAGGUCCUCUGGGGAUUUCGGGCAAAAUGAACUUACCUGGGAAGCAGGCAGCAGUAACUGCAGCAACCUGGACCAAUAUACACAAUCAGAAUGGUGCACAGCAACUUCCCAUUUCCAUCCAUCCCUUUGGCCAGGGGAUAGGCACUGCAGUCUGGGGUGUUCAAAACAAUCCUCCUCUUCUCACUUGGCAGCUCAAACCAGGGAGUGCACAGGAGCUACAGCAGCAAACUUUGGUCGCUGGCAGUCGGAUCAUCCUCAAUCAGCCAACCCCCUUCUUCUCACCACCACUCACCCCGCUCUCUGCACUGGCUUUGUCUGGCACACACCCUCUUCACACUGUCGCCAUCAAUACACUACAGAGACCACCCCACCAAAAUCUUUUUAUUCACCGGCAGGGUGUCAUGACCGAGAGGCCACCCAUGCCACAAACCCUGCCCCUAUCUCAGCUCACCUCACAAACCGAUGAUGCUCACAAACUCGGAGUUUCCAGUAUGUCUUUUGCCCCCGACCGACUUCUGCAGUGCAUGAUAUGUAGUUGCUCUCUCCCGCGGGAACUGGAUCUACAAAUGCAUUACCUACAACAUUCACAAGGACAGAUUUGACAUUUUGACAUUUUUGUUUUUUGUUGCAUAUCUUACUCUGUAUUAUUCUGGCUUUUACAUUUUGGAUGGGCAUUGGAAGUGAAAAACUUGAAUAAGUGCCAUUUUUUAAUUUCACUCACAAUUAUACAAUACACAUGAGACUGUUCAUUUGGCUUAGAGUUGUGGCCAAAACUCUUAGCAGUAACUUUAAAUUUGGUAAUAAAAUAACCACCUCAGUAUUUUUUAAGAAGCAAAGUUAUUGACGCACCAAAUUUCAGUCACUCCCCACAUUUUUGGCUGUAACUAAAUGUAAUAAUUUUACUUUUUUUUCAAAUGCAUGUUAAUAAGCAACUUGGACAGUCAUAUUUUACACUGCAUUUCAUUUACUGGCAAUAACAUUUAGAUUUUGGCCAGUUUUGACUGACAUUUUUUCCCCCCAAAGGUUUUAAACAGUUUUCAAUGUACAGUAUACAGUGUGCCUAUUAAUGAGUAAAGUCUGCACGUCUGUAGUAUUAUAUUGGUGUUCUACUCUGCUUAGUUUAUACUAGGUGUGCCCAAACUUUUUGCCUCCAAGGGCCAAAGUGCAAAUGUGCCAGGGGUCAAACACAGUGAUUUUAAGAGUACAUAGCAGCUCCAUGAGUAAGGAAUUAGCCCUAUACCGCCAUAUAUAAAAUAGUGAAGAUCAUCACAUUAAACACAUAGCGACUAGCUAACGUAGCGGACAUUCCACGAAGUGAGCCUAUAAGAGGUCCGUAUGAGUAUGUUUGGUGGGCCUACUUUGGGCACCCCUGGUUUAUACUGAACAAGGACCUCACUCCUCAGAACAACUGUCUUCCAUAUACAUUGAAACCUCACAACCCUUGCAUUUAUCAUGUUGCAUCCAUUCAUCCAUCUUCUUCCGCUUAUCCGAGUGUCGCGGGGGAAGCAGCCUAAGCAGAGAAGCCCAGACUUCCCUCUCCCCAGCCACUUCGUUUAGCUCCUUUUGGGAGAUCCUGGGGUGUUCCCAGGCCAGCUCCCCUCUUCUGCUUAACCCUCUCCCUUGGCUCUUGCAUCUAGUGCCAUAGCAAAGUAUUGCAAAUAAGCCCCUAUGCAUACGGACGUCGAUCGAGUCUCGCUACGUCAUCAACCCUCACCGUUUGCUUGCAGUGACGUAAGGCAGAUGAUCCUGUCCUUUCGGUCAUAACCCAAAGCUCAUGACCAAAGGAGAGGAUAGGAACGUAGAUUGACCGAUGAAUUGAGAGCUUUGCCUUUCGGCUCAGCUCCUUCACCACGGCGCACUAAUACAAGGUCUGCAUCACUGCAAAUGCACCAAUCCGCCUGUCGAUCUCUCAAUCCAGUCUUCCCUCGUGUAUAAACAAGACUUCGGGGUACUUGAACUCCUCCACUUGGGGCAACAUCUCCGACGAAACCUGGAGAUGGCACUCCACCCUUUUCCGGGCGAGAACCAUGGACUCGGGUUUGGAGGUGCUGAUUUUCAUCCCAGUCAUUUUACACUUGGCAUGUUUUAAAAGUUAUAUUUAUGCAUAUAUUAUUGAAAAAAGAAAAAAAAGUGCUACCACAGCGUGUGAAAAUAAAAUCAAAAUAUUUUUUUUUAAAACUAAAGCACAUGUUAAAGACAAAUAAGGUCACUGGUAACUAAAAUAUUAAAUAAUCCUGUAUACCAGGGGUCCACAAACUACAGCCUGCCAGUAUCCACAAUCCGGCUUGCGGGAUGGGAUGUACCAAGUUAAAAAGAAGUGUGUGUGUGUGUCAAGCCACUCAGUCAAAUCAUAUUCUUGAUGUAGAUGCUCAUAUCUGCUGUACUUAUUUACAAAAGAUAAGUGGGUGAUAUUUCUUUUGUUGCCUUAUUUGUAUUUGACUUUAUUAAAUGUUUGGAUAUAUUUAGUGUUUGGCGCAGCCGGACCGCAGCAAGGGGGUAUAGAAAGAAUAAGGGGGGGAAAAGGAAGACCGAGGAGGAAAUUGUGGGGACGAGGGUGAUGAGACAAAAGAAAUAUGCUUAUAUACAUACCGUACAUAUAUAUACAUACAUAUAUGUACAGUUUGUGUGUGUAUAUGUAUAUAUGCUAUAUAAUACAUAUUGUGUAUAUAUGUAUAUGCGCAUACAUAUACACACACACAAAUAGCUAGCCUGGCCAAAUUAUUUUAAGCCAAUGUGCAGCCAAAAAGUUUGGGGACUCUUGCUGUAUAUUUUUUUUUAGUUAGAAGACUGUUAUAGUGCUUAUUAUUAACUGACUCAAAUCUAACACCACAACAUUAAAAAAAGAACAUGAUCUGCUACCUCUGUCCUUUUGCUUUUACUUUGAAUUAAGAUUUUCCUGUGAUGUCUUAAUAUAUUGGGUUAAAACUAUUUAUAGGAUUGUGUGAGUGCACAGCCUCAUGGUCUGAUGAACUGUAUUAGAAUCUAAUAUAAUACAAUAAGAUAAUUGGGGGAAAAACAUCUCAGCUUUUGUGUUAUAGAUGACAAAACAAAUUGCUGUAUUAUAACUAAUAUUCUCCAAUAGUAAUGAAUGCAUUUAAUUGUCAGAACAUGUAGAGGGCCAAUUAAAAUCAGCUGCAAGACAAAAAUGGCUCCCGGGUCAUAUUUGCCUUGUGAUUGACCAGUCCAGGGUGUACCCCGCCUCUUGCUCAUAUUUAUAUCUGAGGUAGGCUCCAGACUUUAAGGUCGGCAAGCAGUAUAGAAAACUGACAUAUGUGUUGCACAGUGCUUCUCUUCUCAGAUAAUGUUUGAAGUGUCGGUACCGAAAAAGAAUACAUGGAUAUAGACUAUAAUUAUGUUUUUUUUAAAUGUAUUUAUUUAUUCAUAUAUAUAUAUAUAUAUA